CAAGACAUUUAUUAAAACAAAAAACAACUUGGCCUAAUUUAACAAAUAUACCUGCUCAACAACAACAUCUAAUCACUUCUAUUUCUUCAGCAGUUGGAUCAAUAUCAUUAUCUACCCACCCAGUAAUAUUAUUAUUAUAUAACAGUCAAGAGCCAGAUGACUUAGGAUACUAUGAAACUAUAGAAGAAAAAAAGACUUUUAGUAAUAAUAGUAAAUAUGAUGAGGAAGAUUACAAAGAUUAUAAUGAGAAAGAUUGUGAAAAUUAUAAUAAAGAGUAUAAUGAGGAGUAUAAUGAGAAGUAUAAUGAGGAGUAUAAUGAGGAUUAUAAUGAGGAGUAUAAUGAAGAGUAUAAUGAGAAGCAUAAUGAGGAGUAUAAUAAGAAGUAUAAUGAGAAGUAUAAUGAGAA